AUGUGCAUUGUGGAUAUUUUUACACCGACAGUAAGGUUAUUUGCGUACAUCUGUUCCAUUACAACCGUCACGACCAGGGAGACCAGGUGCUCCAGGCGGUCCUUGAACUCCAGGAACACCACUUACACCAGUGAAUCCAGCACUCUGGUGUACAGCGAGGAGCGCUACGAUAAGAAAAAGAAGAUCGUCGAUAGUUUAAACUGUUGUGGCUUUGUAAAAGAAAAUUACGCAACAAUCAGCUUGAGCUUCGUUGAAAAUUGUAAAAAUUCAAAUGUCUCUAAGACAUCAGUUUGAAAAAUAAAAUCUUACGACUAAUCCUUUCUUUUUUUUCUUUCUAAAUCUAAGAAAUCCUGAUAUUUCGUCAUUUAAUCCUUCAAAGGUUCAAUGAAAUGGUGAGAAAGAAUCGUGCAACGCGUUUUAAAAGAUCGUGAAGAAAAUUGUUUUGUUUCU